AGUAUCCGCGGUGUCGGCGUCCGCUCAGCAGGUGUGCCGGCUCGGCAUGAGGGCGCCGCAGUGACAGGCCCCGGCUCUCAGCACUGCCGGACAUGUGGCCAGGAGUGGACAUGAACGUGGAGAGCGAGCUGCUGUGGCCCGGGGUGGCCCUGUUGCUGCUGCUGGGGACGGUGGCCAGCUUGUGUGUGCGCUGCUCCCGCCCAGCGGUGAAGAAGUCUGAGAAGAUCUAUGAGCAGAGGAGCCCGGAGGAGGACCAACAGAACUUUGCAGUGGCCCGGACCUAUUCCUUGGUCAGGCAAGCCUGGCCUGGGGCCCUGGUGGACAUGGACUCCGACGUGGCCCUAACAAGGAAGGACAAGCUGCUGCGCUUCUCCCCCAGCCUCGAGGAUUCUGAGUCCUCCAGGUACCAGAACUUCAGCAAAGGGACCAGACUCGGACCCAGAUCUGGCCCUGAUGCGGCCCACACAGACCCCAUUUCCAUGGACUAUUACAACUGGGGGCAGUUCUGGAAGCCCCAGGAAGAUGACGACAACGAGGAUGCCAAUUCCUACGAGAACGUGCUCAUCUGUACGCAGAAGGAGCCCGACUCAGGUGACGAGGGAUCGGAGGACUACCAGAACUCCGCAUCCAUCCGGCAGUGGCGGGAGUCCAGGAGGGCUGUGGAGCGAGCCCCGAGGGAAGAGCCUCUGACCCUGGCAGGCAGCCCAGAUGAGGACGGCGACGACCCCGAUUACGUGAAUCAGAGUGUGGCAGCCACAGAAGCCUAGGAAGGCUCUGGAAGGAAGGAGCCGAGGGAGCCACUAGGUUGAGGGCUGUUCACUGCCUCCCCUGGGGUCACUUCUCUCUCGGGAGCUGCCCAACCUCUAGACGCCCCACGGUCACUCCUGGGAGAUGCACCGAGACAUCCAGAGGACCAUCCGUCAGGCCGUGGGGGGCCGGCCGGGGACAGGACGGUUAUGCGGGGAAUCAGCCCCUGGCCCGGCUUCUGCGAGAGCCCAAGUCUGA